CUUUCUUUUUCUUCCUUAAUGGCUGUCAAGGCUUCGACUGUCGCUGUUAUUUCUACGGCUGUUAUUGCCGCCUUUGGUAUUGGUUAUUUGGUUUAUUUUGACCAAAAGCGCAGAAAGGAUCCAGAAUUUAAGAAACAACUCAAACGCGAACGAAAGAAACAAGCUAAAGUUGAAAAAGAAACGAAAAAGGCAGAACUCGCCACUGUUGAACAGCUUGUUCAGGAUGUUUUGGAUGAAAUAGCCCAAGAGACUUUUCCUGAAUCGCCUGAAGAGAAGGAGAAAUACUUUAUGGAACAAGUCGCAGCUGGUGAAGCUCUAUGCCAACAGGGUCUUCACAAUGAAAGUGUCAAGCACUUUUACAAGGCAUUAAAGAUUUAUCCUGCUCCGUUAGAACUCAUCAUGAUCUAUCAGCAAACUUUACCAGAAGUUGUGUUCAGAAUUGUUGUGAAUAUCAUGGCUGUGGAGCAACAAAAGAGACAAACUGAGUUUUAUGAACAGUUCCCACCUGAGGAUGUCAAAUUGAGAUUGAAGGAAAUGACAGAAGGCGAAAAGGCUAGCUAUGGUCUAGUUGCUGAGCAAGAUUUUGAAGAAAACGAUGUGUUAUAUACAGAAUCACCACUGAUAUCUGCCUUGUCUCCUCAAUUAGAGGGUCAAUAUUGUAACUACUGCAUGAACAAGCUAACAGAUUCAAUUGUUGAAUGCAAAAACUGUGACAAAGUAGCCUUUUGCUCUGAAGACUGUGAAUCAGCUGCCAACCAACAAUAUCAUCAAUAUUUGUGCACAAACAGCAAAGUAAACACGAAUGCAGAUGAAGCCAAGGAGACGGCAUUUGUCAAGUAUGUACAAAAUCAAAAUAGCAAGUAUCCUCAGAUGAUUGCCCAAUUGUUUACUGCUAUGGUUGCUGAAGAAUUAGACAAGAAGAAUAGACCCAAGUACAAUUCAUGGGACCAUAUUGAAAGAUUGAAAGGCGCAGAAUUGACACCAGCUGAUAAACAUGCAAACGAAACCAAGAUGAUCAAAGAACUCUUAUCUUCCAAGGUUCCUGGUAUUGACGAAUUUUUGACUGAUGAAGUUUAUCUUAUGUUGUUGGGCAAGUUGAAUGAAAAUGCCUUUGAUGUUAUUUCAGCUACCGAAGUAUCUGUAGAGAAAUCUGCUGAGCCUAGUCGUAAACUUGACAGUGAUAAUGUAUUAGGUAGCUCUGUAUAUAAGAUCUCUUCUUAUCUCUGUAAAUCACCUUUAGACGAUGCCAAUGUUAAAAUUUCUUUUAAUGGCAACAAGAUCACUGUUACUGCAUUGAAGCCAAUCAAAAAGGACGAACAAAUCAAGGCUUACUACAAUUAAAAUAAAAAUCCGGUCCGGGCUAAGAUCCGUAAGCCUGAGCUUGUCUUUUUUGUGUGUAUGUGUACAGUCCAGCUGGUGGAUAUUG